AUGUCAACCAGUCACGCAUUGCCGCCGUCACGCCGGGGAAGACGGAAUGUCCAGCCGGAUCUGAUGAUCGAUCUCAGCCGGAGGGUGGAACAAGAUCAAUAUCAUCCGUCAAAGAACCCAAAGGGAAUCAUUGACCUCGGCUCUGCUGUCAACGAGCUGAUGUUGGAAGACAUUGCCAUCUGGACCAGGUGGAAUUUGAAGAAGGGCGAACUGAAAGAUGGUCUCGGAUACAAUGAUACCCAAGGCUCCCCCGAGCUCCUUAAAGCCGCCGCCGACUUCAUGAACGAGCACUUCAAUACCCGCAUCCCAUUGACUUCGGACAACAUCCUUGUAGCAAACGGAGCUACGACAUUGCUAGACACAUUGACCUACAACAUCGCUGAUGAGGGUGACUCGAUAUUGCUUCCAACACCUAGCUACGGCAUGUUCGCCCACGAUAUCUCCACAAGGAACCAAGUGCGGCUUGUCGAAGUCCCAUGCGAUGACAUACCUGAUGAUCGGUUCACGGGACAACCCACAGGUAAUGGUGACGGAGCUCGCCAAUGCGAGAUUGUGGCCCGUCUGGAAGAUGCAAUCGAGCGAGAGUUGAGUCAAGGGCGCAAGGUUGCCGGCGUUCUGCUUGCGAACCCAGAGAACCCUUUGGGUCGGUGUUAUUCCGCAUAUGUUCUCUUGCAAAUAUCGCAACUAUGUUCCAAGUACAAAGUGCAUCUUGUUGUCGACGAGAUAUACGCCAUGACCGGAGACAACUUUUCAAGCAUGUUGAGUCUAGGCCUGGACACGAACUUCAGAAACGUGCACGUCCUGUGGGGGAUGAGCAAAGACUUUGGACUUGGCGGUCUCAGAAUUGGGUUCCUUGCCACGUACAACCAGGAGAUUCACGAUACCAUGCGAACUUUAAGCAUGUUUGGCUGGGUCUCAUCGUACAGCGCGACGAUUGCGGCAAAGCUGCUGUCGGACAAGAAGUACUUCAGAGACCAUUACACGCCAACGUUCAACCGCCGACUCAAGAAGAGGCGAAUCCUUGUCGAGGGCGAGCUUGAGAAGUAUGACAUUCCAUACAUGAGGGCCGACUCAGGGUUCUUCAUGUUCGUCGAUCUCUCCGACUGGAUGGACUUGCUGUUCGCACAACACGGCAAGGAUGACGAGUUGGAGCUCUUAGAGCACCUGAUGGAGAACGGAGUAUUCCUGGAACCCGGAAAGGCAUUCUUCGCCAGAACCCCAGGGUGGUUCCGCCUGAGCUUCGGCGCGGAGAAACACACAGUCAAGACCGGUCUCCAGAGGCUGUUCCGCUGCUUGCGGGCGCUGGACGGGAAACUAGAUCCAUUGGGCGUUGCAGAUCUCACACCGUACCUCCCACCUUACCGCCAAAUGGCGCACAUAGUCGCCGUGUAA